CCACCCGAAGGGCGUCAAGUUGUGCAAGUUCAUACCACUUCUGGACUAAAACAAGACUGAGGGCUUCGACCUGGAGCUCAGCAUCGCCGUAAGCGCCACGAUGAGUGGACAACAACCUUCGAUCGCUCACGCGACGCGUGAAGAUGUCCCAGAGAUUCUUGCCAUGAUCAAAGAGCUCGCCGACUACGAGAAAGCAGCCAGCAAAGUCGAAGCCACAGAGGAAUCCCUCGCUCGUACCCUCACUUUCGCUCCUUCAGCACCCGGCUCGCAGGCAUCAACUCAGCACACGAACCCAGGCUACGCCAAAACUCUCAUCCUCCGACAUCCUGCCACCCUGUCUGAAGCCGACAAGAACGCUGGACUCAAUCCUGGUGCAGUCGCCGGCAUGGCAAUGUACUUCAACAACUAUAGCACUUGGCGAAGCAAGCCGGGGAUUUAUUUGGAGGACUUGUUCGUGCGGCCGCAGUACAGAAAGAGAGGAUACGGGAAGCUGUUGAUACGCGCGUUGGCGCAGGAGGUGCUCAAGAUCGAUGGCGGAAGAUUGGAAUGGAGCUGUUUGAAGUGGAACGAGCCUAGUCUGGAAUUCUACAAGAGCUUGGGUGCCGUACAAAUGACGGACUGGGUCCAGCUGCGAGUUGAUGGGGAGAGUUUGAGAGAUUUGGCUCUGGGCGACAGCGGCAAUGAGGCUCAUGCAUAGACUGCUGAAAAGCAGUCAACUCCGACCAAAGAAAUCUCCCAGGUUUGUUGAGGCCAUGUCUCUCAGUAGUAGUAUCUCAAAACCUCAUAAUCAUCAGGGA